AUGACUACCACUUGGCUCUCAGCGUCGCAAGUCGACCGCUUUGACUAUGUCAUUGUCGGUGGAGGCACAGCCGGAUGCGUCAUUGCAUCGCGGCUUGCGGAGCAUCUUCCUCAGAAGAAAAUCCUCCUGAUCGAGGCUGGACCUAGCGAUUUUAUGGACGACAAGGUGCUCGACUUGCGCCUAUGGCUUGGUCUCCUGGGCGGCGAGCUGGAUUUUGACUAUUUCACAACCGAGCAGCCCAUGGGUAACUCGUAUAUCCGGCACGCCAGAGCAAAGAUUCUGGGAGGCUGCUCAUCGCAUAACACCUUGAUCUCUUUCCGGCCAUUCGAGUAUGACAUGAAGAUCUGGGAGUCGUUUGGCGCGAAAGGCUGGACCUUUCCCACCAUGAUGAGAGUGCUGAAUAAGCUGCGUAAUACGGUCCAGCCCGUUCAUGCGCGACAUCGAAAUCAGCUGUGCAAGGACUGGGUUGAGUCAUGCAGCGCAGCAAUGGACAUCCCUGUCGUUGAUGACUUUAAUAAGCAGAUCAUGCAGACUGGCGCAUUGAAGCCAGGAGUUGGUUUCUUCUCCGUGAGCUACAAUCCGGAUGACCACCGGCGGUCGAGCGCCUCGGUCGCAUACAUCCACCCUAUCCUGCGCGGAGAGGAGGAGCGACCAAAUCUGACGAUCCUCACGAAUGCAUGGGUGUCAAAGAUCAACAUCAAGGAUGACGUGGUGACUGGUGUGAAUGUAUCGCUCAGAGAUGGAACGAAGCGCACAGUCAAUGCUAGAGCAGAGACGAUUCUUUGUGCUGGAGCUGUUGAUACCCCUCGUCUGAUGCUCCAUUCUGGACUCGGACCCAAAGACCAACUCGCACCCCUAGGAAUCCCUGUUGUGAAGGAUAUCCCUGGCGUGGGCGAGAACCUUCUGGAUCAUCCCGAGAGCAUCAUCAUGUGGGAACUCCACCAGCCCGUGCCUUCUAAUCAGACUACCAUGGACUCGGAUGCCGGCAUUUUCCUCCGCCGCGAGGCGCCCAACGCUGCAGGCUACAAAUUCCCUGGCAAUCCGAAGGGCAUUGCUGAUGGCGACAUUGCCGAUGUCAUGAUGCACUGCUACCAGAUCCCCUUCACACUCAACACGAUACGACUGGGCUAUGAGGACAUCCCCUCUGGUUACGCAUUCUGCAUGACACCAAACAUCCCGCGACCGCGCUCUCGAGGCCGCCUGUACCUGACCUCCUCCGACCCGAGCGUCAAGCCGGCUCUAGACUUCCGCUAUUUCACAGACCCCGAGGGCUACGACGCCGCGACGCUCGUGUACGGUAUCAGGGCAGCGCGCAAGGUGGCGCAGGAAGCCCCUUUCAAGGACUGGAUCAAGCGGGAGGUGGCGCCUGGCCCGAAGGUGCAGACAGAUGAGGAGAUCAGCCACUAUGCCCGUAAGGCGGCGCAUACCGUGUAUCAUCCGGCUGGUACGACGAGGAUGGGAGAUGUAAAGAAUGACGAUAUGGCGGUUGUGGACGAGAGGCUCAAGGUUAGAGGCCUGAAGAAGCUGCGUAUUGCGGAUGCUGGAGUGUUCCCUACUAUUCCGACGAUCAAUCCCAUGCUCACUGUGCUUGGUGUUGGAGAGAGGUGUGCGGAGAUGAUAAUCGAGGACAUUGGGGGGAAAGAGAUCUCCAAGUUGUAG